CGGGUUGUUUGGCUGUGUGUUACAUACAUCUGGGCCAAAUCAUAGGUCAGGUCAUAACACAUCAUCAAAGCGUUGACGCUGCAGGCCAAGGCAGCCUGAGGUCGUCGUCGAUCUUCCUCAAAGCUCACGACCUCCAGAUCUCAUCGGUCUCUGCUCACCGCCCGCCUGCUUCUACAGGAUUAGUUAAUUACUUCGCUUCCGCCGCGGUAUGUACUGUGGUGUGGUAUUGAUUGCAAAUGGAUGGCGAAAUUAGUAUCAGAUACAAAGUUGACCUAGAGCGCAUGCUGCUGGAUGGAAGUGCAGAGCCAACAUACCUAUGGUUGUCACUUUUAGAAGACAUCACGGACUGUUUCUCUGAUGAUCAGCAAAUUGGUAGUGGUGGGUUUGCUGUGGUUUAUAAGGGAAUAGUCGGAGAACGGAUGGUUGCUGUAAAGAAGCUGUCCCAAACGCUUGAUAUGCAUGAGAAUAAAUUUCACAAAGAGGUUGAGUGCCUGAUGAAAGCCAAGCACAAGAAUAUAGUGCGUUUCCUAGGAUAUUGUUCUGACACGCAAGGGAGAAUUGCAAAUUAUGAAGGUAAGUUUGUGAUGGCAGAUCUGCGCAACUGGUUACUAUGUUUCGAGUAUGUACCAAAUGGAAGUCUCGAUAAGUAUAUUACAGAUUCAUCUGGUGGACUUGAAUGGGGUGAGCGCUACCAGAUAAUCAAGGGAAUCUGUGAGGGCUUACUUCAUCUUCACGAGAAGCAUAUCCUCCACUUAGAUCUAAAGCCAGAGGAUAUCUGGCUCCUGAAUUCUACAGAGGGCAAGUCGCAUUUGCCUCGGACAUAUACAGUCUUGGCGUUAUAAUCAUGGAGAUACUAACAUGAGAGAAGGGGUAUCCAGAAGAUGAGAAUGUAGUUGAAAAUUGGAUGAAUCGAUUGGAGGCAUCGGAUAAUUUGGAGAUGCAAUUGGAACAAGUAAGAGUAUGUGCUAAGAUAGGAAUAGAGUGUAUGGACUUGAACCCGAAGAAGAGACCAGUUGCCUGGUGUGUAAACGAUAGGCUUGAUAAAAUGGCAAGUGUCGUCAAAA